ACUCUGCGCGCCGGCGGGGGCUGCGCAGGAGGAGCGCUCCGCCGGCUACAACGCUCCGCGAGCCGGCGCGGCAACACCUGUUCGCGGCAGCCAGGGCGGCACGCGAGCUCCCGGACGCGGCUCUGCUCGCCCGCCGCUCGCCACCCGUUCUGAGCCAAUGGACAUCUGCCGGACCUCUGGAGAAUUCCGGAUACUAGCUUUGGACGCCUGAAGUUUCUUCUUCUUUUUGUAUUAUUGUGUUUUUGAGGGGGGGACCAGGAGGGUCGAUGUGUCGCCGCCACCAACGUGAGAUUUUUUUCCCCUUGAAGGAUUCAUGCUGAUGUCUGCAGAGUCGGUCAGAGAGUAAAAACGGCGCAUGCCUUCCUGGAGUCGGGAUCCGUAAAUUCUGACGUAGCCCGUGCAUCUUAAAAUCCCUAUAAUAACGCCCAGGCAUUUAAGUUGCUAUGGUCAUUCUCAUCUCAAACCAAAUGGAGAAACUACAGAUUUUUUUCCUGAUUACGGUCGGAUGGGAUGAAGACCUUCCUGCCUACUAAGAGCUGGGGAUCUAUCCAUAGAGACACAUAGAUAUGUUUAUCAGUAUGUCAGUGUGUGAGUAUAAAGUGGUGGUUUCUUAGAUUAUCAGUGGUUUGACCUUGAACCUGUGCCAGUGAAACAGCAGAUUACUUUUAUUUAUGCAUUUAAUGGAUUGAAGAAAGGACCUUUUUUUUUCUCUCUCUGCAACUGCAGUGAGGGAGGGGAGUUGGAUAUACCUCGUCUAGUAUCUUCUCCUGGGUCGACACCAUCAUUAUUGUUUAUUCUUGUGCUCCAAAAGCCGAGUCCUCUGAUGGCUCCCUUAGGUGAAGUUGGGAACUAUUUCGGUGUACAGGAUGCGGUACCGUUUGGAAAUGUGCCCGUGCUGCCGGUGGACAGCCCGGUUUUGUUAAGUGACCACCUGGGUCAGUCCGAAGCAGGGGGGCUCCCCAGGGGACCCGCAGUCACGGACUUGGAUCAUUUAAAGGGGAUUCUCAGGCGGAGGCAGCUAUACUGCAGGACUGGAUUUCACUUAGAAAUCUUCCCCAAUGGCACUAUCCAGGGAACCAGGAAAGACCACAGCCGAUUUGGCAUUCUGGAAUUUAUCAGCAUAGCGGUGGGCCUGGUCAGCAUUCGCGGCGUGGACAGUGGACUCUACCUCGGGAUGAAUGAGAGGGGGGAGCUGUAUGGAUCAGAAAAACUAACCCAAGAGUGUGUAUUCAGAGAACAGUUUGAAGAAAACUGGUAUAAUACGUACUCAUCGAACCUGUAUAAACACGUGGACACUGGAAGGCGAUACUAUGUUGCAUUAAAUAAAGACGGGACUCCAAGAGAAGGGACCAGGACUAAACGGCACCAGAAAUUCACACAUUUUUUACCUAGACCAGUGGACCCGGACAAAGUUCCUGAACUAUAUAAGGAUAUUUUAAGCCAAAGUUGACAAAGACAAUUUCUUCACUUGAGCCCUUAACAAAGUAACCACUAUAAAGGUUUCAUGCGGUGGGUUCGUAUUGAUUAGCUGUGUCAUCACAUCAGCUCCACUGUUGCCAAACUUUGUCGCAUGCAUAAUGUAUGAUGGAGGCUUGGAUGAGAACAUGCUGAUUUUCUUCUGCACUUAAAGGCUCCUUCUCCUGGAGUGCUGCCUAGGGCCACUUGCUUGAUUGAUUGUGAACGAAGAGGAGAGAGAGGCUGAGCGAGAGGGGUGUGAGUGUGUGAUUGGACGAGGAGCAGGGGAACCAAAAGUAGCAGAGGCGGAGAGGACAGCAGCCUCAUGCAUGUGGGGACAGACACGCUUUUCCAUUUUGAUCAGCUGUACUUCAUCCUGCAUCAGCACAGCUGCCAUACUUCAGCUCAUCAGGAUUUUGGCUGGUGGCCUGCGCAAAGGUACGCUGCACUUUCAAAGGCAUGGAGGGUGCAGUCUUACUUAAAAGACUUUUUCAGUUCUCACUGGUAUCAUAUCAGUGACUUAAAGCAAAGACCUCUUAGUAAAAGAAAAAAAAAGAAAAAAGAAAAAAAGAAAAAAAAAUUAAAUUUAUUUAUAGAAAUUCCAAAGGCAACAUUUUAUUUAUUUUAUAUAUUUAUUUAUUAUAUAGAGUUUAUUUUUAAUGAAAUAUGUACAGGCCAGAUAGGCAUUUCGGAAGCUUUAGGCUCUGUAAGCAUUAAAUGGCAAAGUCUGCUAUGAACCUGUGGUAAAUUCAUGCAAGUAGGUAUAACGGUGCAUGGAUAUGAGAAAUUCUAAUGACCCUAAUGUACUAAAGGCGACAAUCUAUUUCGUGCCCGUAUUAUUGUAAACUUAUGCACAUGGCUCAUGACACUGAGUACUCACUCUUCAGACUGCUUGUUUCAUAGCUUAUCCCAGAGGAUUAAAGAUAAACUGGGUCUCAAACUUUUAUUCUGUGUCUGUUAUAUUUCCUCUCUCAUAAGUGACUCCAUCAUUGUAACUUCACAGCUGAAAAUACGAGGGUUGGUAGAUGUCUUAUCUGUUUAAAACUAUUGCAGAAUAUACCAAAGCUAAACAAUAACUAUGCUUUUAUUUUAGUCAAUCUCCAGAACAACAGGACUAACAUCAAACAUUGUACUGAUUUAGAACUCUCAAAAAAAGAAAAAAAAAAAAAGAGUUUACAUAGCACAGACUUUUUUUUUUUAAGAAACAAGAAUCAUGUUAACAGGAUCAUACUUGUAAACUUUUUAUUUGUGCACUUGGCUAUCAAAUAUGCAAUUAUACAAGUACCAUAGGGGUCAUUGUAACAUCUUUUAUUGAAAGUUGCUUUCGGUGUCAACUGUCAAUUACGUGGUAAAAGUUCUCUUCAAGUAAAACUUGCAAAAUGAAACUAAUAAAUCUUUAUCAAUAAUGACAAUGAGGGGGAAAGUAUUAUACUUGUUGACUGUGGUUUGUUUUUUAAGAUGGUCAUAAGCGCUCAUUUUUUUUAGAGGGGAAGUUACUAUUUAGAAUAUCUUUUACAAGGCUUUUAUAACAUUUUAUGCUGAAAAAGCAUAAGAAUACAUAUUUCUUUAGUAGCAAUAAUUUUGGAACUUGCCCUUGGGUGAGGGAAACUAUUUCUUACUACGUUCUGAGGAGAAAAGAGCCAAAUUCUUAAAGCAAUAUUUAAGAAAAAGGAAUUUAUAACAAGUUCUCAUCUACAUCUAACACUUCUUAGCCAGUUCUGUUGAGAAAUUGAAAGUGACAGUUAAAAAAUUGGUAUUUAUGUAACUAAUUUUAAAUUUUAAUAUUCCAACUUCGUUUUGCUCUGAUGCACAUUCUCUGUGAAAAGUACAAGUAUGUCACUGGUGAGUUGAAGCUGUUAUGAACUAGAAGCACAUGACUUGCUGUUGUGAGCACGUACACGCAGCCUUUCCGUGGUCCAAGUUCAGCACAUGGUGCUGCUCUCCUGCUGAUGUGCACUGAGGAAAAACCAAGUAUAAUAUUUGGAAUUAAGAAAUAUUUUGUGGGGAGGGGACAGAGCAAUGUAAAAUAGUUGAUUCAUGAUAAAGGUCAGAAUGUCCUCUUCAUUUAUUUUCUUGAUUAAAAAAAAUUUUUUUUUCCUAAACAGAAACUGCAUUUAAUUCCAAGAAGUAGUAUUCUUAUUUAUUAUUUAACUCUUUGCUGCUGCUAAAAUGUGCACAUAUUCAGGCUUUAGUUUUUCCAAAAGGCAUUUUUUUUUUUUUUUUGGCUGGAAAACGUUAAAAACAUUUGACCGCAGGGAAGAAUCAAGUUUCUGGGAUGUCAUAGGUAUAAUAUUUAGCACUGAAGAAAUUGAUUUGAGAAGACAGCCAAAAGUAACCUUGAAGUGACACAAGACCCUAGAUAAUCAGCCUAAAAGAAAAAAAAUUGUGAAAAAAGACUAAUAUCUCCAUGCAUUCCUAGGAAAUACUACUUUAAUGUCUACUUCCGGAGUUUAUUUUGUUUUGGUAUCAUUUUCCCCCCCCCAAGAAAAGCAAAGUGUUAUGUGCUUUUUGCAAUUGACAAAAUAAACUGUAACAGUCUGUAAAUAAAUAAA